ACUAGUAGUGCCAGUGGUGGGCGGGGAGGAGCCCGCUGGCCUCCAAGGGCUGGAAGCAAUGGCUGAGGCUUCUUCAGUUAGCAAGUCACCAUUAGCUGAACAGCUUCUUAAGAAAGUGCCGGACUGCAAUGGGCUAGAUGCUUCGCCACCUCGGGAGCAUCUACCAACCUGUAAAUUGGAACCUAACAAUGUAGAAGAAGAGAGUCCUACAGCGCUGUCACCGGUCUGCCCAAGCCCACAUGGCAAAGGCAAAGAAUCCCCUAGCAACAAUGCAAUCUACAGCUUGGGUGCCAAUCAGUGUUUUCACUGCCUGAUUACCUUCCCGGAUGAGAAAUUUAAGGCGCGACACAUGAAACGGGAGCACCCGGAGGACUUUGUUCAAGCCAACCUCCGUGAUGCCCUUUUUGUCUGCUUUAUUUGCAACAAGGCCUUUGAGAGUUCUCGUGCGCUCAUCUGCCAUCAGCGGGGUCAUGCGUCGGCUCCACCCUCUGACUGCUUGCACCCUACCUUUGACUGCCCUGACUGUGGCUGCCGUUUUAGCCAGUUAACCAACUACCAGCAUCACCGCCUGGGCCAUGCUGCUGGGCACAGCUUGCCUCACCAGUGCCCAGAUUGCAGCAAGAGCUUCCGACAACUUUCAAACCUGCGUCGGCACCAGGCUUUCCAUCAGCAGACCCAGGAGUUGCUGCCCUCCCGCCCUUAUUCCUGUAUGGAGUGUGGUGAGAGCUUUAACCAGGAGGCGGGGCUGCAUGAACACUAUAUCCGCCAUGCCCGUGGAGAGCUCUAGGAAGAGCUGUAGCGACGUGCCUGAGCUCCCUGGGUACAGGUGGAGGCAGGAAGAUGAGGAGCAUUAUUACUACAUGAGAUGCAAAGCCAGAACGAGGCAAGGAAUGUGGUUGAAGGCCCUUUUCGGCUGGGAAAUGGAGCGGAAAGGCCUCUGGUUCCAGGAAGCGCUUUGCUCCAUUCUGGAAGAAUGGCUAGUUUAGGGGUGUCUGCCUCCAUAAUGU